AUGGAGACACCAACGACGAGCAGUCUGCCUGGCCAGGCUGCAGCUGCAAAGGGGAAGGGGGACGGGGGGCAGCUGCUGCAAUUCGAGGGCUGGAUCGUCGAAAGCUCGAGGAGUUCAAGCUCUCCGAGGCCCCCUGUGCCCCUCGCUGCGCACUACCCCACGGGCCACCACCAGCAGCCCACCACCACUACUGCUGCCGCCACCGCCGCUGCUGCCGUGGCAGCACCGGUGCUGCCGCCGCGGCUGCUCCUCGAGGCCUCGGCCUUCGACGCCCCUCCCCAUCGCAGGACGCCCAAGUACCACUUCGAGGUGCCCGGGGAAUUGCUGAACACCAACACCAUCGAGGCCUUCCAUGCGCUCGACAAAAAGAAGCAGCUCGACCUGGUGGCCGCCAAGUUGGAUGCCGGGCGGGGCUGGCUGCGACGCGUUGGAGUGUGGACAGACAUCGAGAGCGGGGAGGCGCUUCGCGAGCCGUGGCGCCUGUGCCGCUUCCUGAUGCUGGCCUUCAGCGACCUCAAGAAGUACCGCUUCCACUACAUGCUGGCCUUCCCGGCCCUUCUGCCCGCCCGGCCCUUCACCGCCCUGCCCGCUCUCGCCCUCACCGAUGCCCUGGCCCCCGCCGAGGUUGAAUCGCUCCGCGACGGCUACGAGAAGCUGCGAGGGCUCCACUCUACACCGGGCGAAGAAAGCAACCCGGCGGCGGCGGCAGCUCAGGCUGACGAAGCCGCGGACAGGUGCUCCGGCCACGCGUUCUUCCUGGCCCGACGUACCCGUACUACCCUCGAAAGUUCCACCGACGGGGACCAGCCCUCCACCACCAGCAUCACCGCCAGCACCACCACAUGCAUCGAAGUGGCGCCCCUGCACGCCCACGACCACUUCUGGAAGGACGUGCCCCACGCCGACAGGUUGGUGGGGUUCGCCGAUCCGAGCUCGCGCCGUACCCACCCGGGGUGGCCGCUCCGCAACUUCCUGCUGCUGCUGGUCCGGUGGGUGUGCCGGGACAUGACCUCCGUGCCCGUCAUCUGCUACCGCCAGCUCCCCGGGAAGCGCAACAUCGACAGCUCCCUCGUCAUCCCCGUGCUGCUGCCCGACCCCGCCGGGGAGGCGUUGAUUGAUGGGCGCAAUCUCAAGGUGGCCGGAUGGGAGAAGGACAGCGAGGGCAAGCUGCGUCCCCGCGUCGUCUCGCUCGCCGACUCGAUGGACCCCCAAAAGCUGGCAGGCACGGCGGUGGAGCUGAACCUGCAGCUGAUGCGGUGGCGGCUGCUGCCCUCCCUCGACCUGGCGCGUGUGGCGGCGACUCGGUGCCUGCUCCUCGGUGCCGGCACCCUCGGCUGCAACGUGGCCCGCAACCUCCUCGGGUGGGGCGUGCGCAACAUCACGCUGGUGGACAACGGCCUCGUGUCGUACAGCAACCCAGUGCGCCAGUCCCUCUUCACCUUCGAGGAUAGCCUCCACGGCGGAAAGCCCAAGGCGGCCGCCGCCGCCCACCGCCUCCAGCAGAUCUUCCCCGGCGUUGUACUGCCUCCCUCCCCUCCCCAGCACCAGCACCAGUCAUCGGCCUGCAACGCGGUCGGACACCGUUUCAGCAUCCCCAUGCCAGGGCACGCAGUGGGCGAGGGGCAAAGGGAGCAGCUGGUCAUCAACGCCGCUCUCGGCUUUGAUUCGUACGUGGUCAUGCGGCACGGCCUUUGGGAUCGCACCGCCGCCGCCGCGAGCCCUGCCGCCGCGCCGCCGCUGGGCUGCUACUUCUGCAACGACGUGGUGGCCCCCCAAGACUCGCUGUCGGACAGGACCCUGGACCAGCAGUGCACCGUCACGCGUCCGGGCGUGUCCUACCUGGCCGGCUGCCUGGCCGUAGAGCUCCUCGUGUCCCUCCUCCACCACCCCCUCGGGGCCAAGGCGGGCGCCGACGUGGACAAGGACGUAUCAGCGCCCACCGAAUCUCCCCUCGGCCUCGUUCCCCACCAGGUGCGCGGCUACUUGAGCCACUACAAGAACAUGCUGGUGGUGGGCCACGCCUAUGACAAGUGCACCGCCUGCUCCGACACAGUCGUGGGCGCCUAUCAGCAGUAUGUGUUCAACAACCCGACCCACCUGGAGGACAUCACGGGCCUCACCCAGCUCAAGCAGGCCACGGUGGACUUCUCCGGGGACUGGGAGGAGUUCGACGACGACAACGAGACGGGGGACGACAUCUAG